GUGCAAUCAAUAUUACAAAUCGACAGUGACUAAAAUUAUAUCCUCACGGUGUGGCUGUUCUUGUGGUUGCAUUUAUAACGGAAGACAAAGCGUUUUGAGUGAAAAUGUGUUCUUUGGAGACACAAUAAAAUGUCUGCCAACGAUGUGACCAAUUUGCAAGAUUAUCUACGAAAAAUUUAGGAGCCAUUUACAAAUGGUGAGAAGUCACGUACACUAUUGUGUUUUGUAAAAUGUUCACUUCUCUGUGAAGGAAGAUAUUUGACUGUUUUCCGUAGCUUUCAAUUGUUUUCCGCAAUGGAUAGCAAGAAUAUCCAGAAAAAUGCCAUGCACAAAAGCGCAGAGUUCACUUUCACUUCACCACCGGAGGCUCCCGUAUUUGAGCCUACACCCGAAGAAUUCGCAGAUCCUUUAGGGUACAUCGCUAAGAUUCGCCCAGUCGCUGAGAAAACUGGAAUCUGUAAAAUAAAACCCCCUGCGCGUUGGCAGCCACCUUUUUCACUAGACGUCGAUAAAUUGAAAUUUGUCCCACGAAUACAAAAGGUGAAUGAGUUGGAAGCCAUAACGCGAUUGAAGUUAUUGUUCCUUGAAAAGAUUUUAAAGUUUUGGGAACUUCAAGGUUCGCCUCUAAAGAUUCCCAUGAUUGAAAAUAAAACUUUAGAUCUGUAUUGUCUAAAAUUUUGGGUUGAUGAAGAAGGUGGAUUUGAAAACUGCAAUAGUCCUAAAAAAUGGCGUAAGAUUGCCAAUGCCAUGGGCUAUAGUCAAAAUGCUAACACCAUGAAUUUCUUAAGGAGCAAUUAUGAGAAAAUAUUACUUCCAUAUGAUAUAUUUGAGAAGAGCAAAGCUGAUAUUCUGAAAACUGUUAAAAAGACUGAAAAAUCAGAGAUCAAAGAUGAUGGUGAAAAUGACAAACAAUCUUUUAAAGAAGUUUCUAUUGAAUCUAUAACUAAAAUCAAGGACGAGUGUGAUGAAAAACCUCAUACAAGUAUUAAAAAGACAAAAACUGGAUCUGAUAUUAAGACUGAUCCUGAAUGUUCUAAGAUGAGAAUUGAUAUAGAAGAACUGAGAAAAAGCAGAGAACUAAGAAGAUUAGCUUGUUAUGGACCAGGUCCUAAAAUGCCUGGGUUGAAUGAUGAAGAAUUUGACAUAACUAAAUCCAGGAAGAGACCAAGAUAUGAUUUAGAUCCUCUAGCAAUUUACACAUGUGCUAUUUGCCAAAAGGAUCACAGGGAUGAUCUUCUUUUGAUUUGCAAUGGUUGUUCUGACACUUACCAUACAUUUUGUUUAAAACCUCCUCUGAAUUCAAUACCAGAUGGGGACUGGCGUUGCCCCUGCUGUAUAGCUGAAGAGGUACAUAAACCGGCUGAAGCAUUUGGUUUUGCUCAAGCUGAAAGAGAGUACACCUUACAACAGUUUGGAGAGAUGGCAGAUAAGUUUAAGUCUGAUUAUUUUAGUACCUCAGGUCAUUUGGUACCAACAAACAUUGCAGAAAAAGAAUUUUGGAGAAUCAUAUCCUCAGUUGAGGAAGAUGUUACAGUUGAGUAUGGAGCAGAUUUGCACUCUAUGGAUCAUGGUUCAGGAUUUCCCACAAAGUCUUCACUAAAUCUUUAUCCUGGUGAUCAAGAAUAUGUUGAUUCUGGGUGGAAUUUGAACAAUCUUCCAGUUCUUGAUGGUUCUGUCUUGAGGUUUAUAAAUGCUGAUAUAUCAGGAAUGACAGUACCUUGGAUGUAUGUUGGCAUGUGCUUCUCUGCAUUUUGUUGGCACAACGAAGAUCACUGGAGCUACUCCAUAAAUUAUUUGCAUUGGGGAGAAGCUAAAACCUGGUAUGGUGUGCCAGGCAGUGGUGCUGAACUCUUAGAGAAUGCAAUGAAAGCAGCAGCACCUGAUCUAUUUAAGUCUCAACCUGACUUACUGCAUCAGUUGGUCACAAUAAUGAAUCCAAACAUAUUGAUGGCAGCUGGAGUUCCGAUUUAUAGAACAGAUCAAAAUGCAGGUGAAUUUGUUGUGACUUUUCCAAGAGCAUAUCAUGCAGGUUUCAACCAGGGCUACAAUUUUGCUGAAGCUGUCAAUUUUGCUCCUCCAGAUUGGCUACAUAUUGGUAGAGAAUGUAUUGUCCACUACAAAAACCUGAAAAGAUUUUGUGUAUUUUCACAUGAUGAACUGAUUUGCAAAAUGGCUUUGGAAGGUGACCGUCUUGAUUUAGAGACAGCACUAGAGACACAAAAAGAAUUAGUCAAUGCUACAGAAGAAGAAGGCAGAUUAAGAGCACUUGUUGCAAAAAAAGGAUUAAAGAAUGUACGAAGAACUGCAUUUGAGUUGCUUGGUGAUGAUGAAAGGCUUUGUGAAGUUUGUAAAACCACAUGCUUUCUGUCUUCAGUAUCAUGUGCAGAUUGCAAGCAUAUGGCUUGCUUGCAACAUGCCCUGGAAUUUUGUCUUUGCCCUUGGGAGAAGAAGACUUUAAACUAUCGCUAUGAUAUGGAUGAGCUUCACAUAAUGUUGCAAACUCUUGACUUCAGAGUGAACAGUUUUGACAAAUGGAUGACAGAAACAAAGAAUGUCCUGCUUCCUACUGCACCUGACAUUGGAAGAGUUCAAAAAUUGAAAGGUUUAGUAGAUGAGGCAGAUGAACUCAAAAUACCAAAGUGUGUAUUGCUAACACAGUUGAAGGAAGAAUACACAAAGUCGACUGAAAAUGUCGAACCAAUAGUUAUAGAAUUAGAUGAUGAUUAACUGUCUGAAUCUUUAUAUGGUUUAGUACAAAGCAUAAAUUAUUAGUUUAAGCAGAUUCACUUUCAUAAACAUUAGAAUUAAUGUUAGUGGGUAUGUGUUAGAUAGUAAAUAGAGUAAACUAAGUAAUCUAAACGUUCUUUUGACUAGGCAGCUUUAUAGUUUUGUAAAACUUAAAUGAAACAAAUCCAUCACAUGAACAGUAGAAAUAUUUUGUUUUGAUUCAUUGCAAAGAUUGAAACUGAUUAGAAGU